GCCUCGGACUUGUUUAUUUUUGUUCACUCAUACCAAAGAAGAAAAGAAAAAAAAAAAACUCAAUAAAAACGUGUUAUCACAUGCCACGACGGCACAAGUCAAAGAAUACAUGCGAAGUCAAGCUAAAGGGACACAUGGCUGCAAACGAGAGCGCAGACGGAUCACUGAGAGCUGCAGAGGGUUUCAGAAGUUCAGCAUGCGGAGAUGCAAAAUCCUGCAAGAAAUCUCACCUGGCAUGUAUAGGGGCUGUUGCUAUAGCAGCAAUAUCUCUGAUCACUGCGAUCAUUUUGUCCUCCGUUUUAUUUGCCAUAUGGGGAGCAGCACGAGAAGAAGAAGAUCCAACUUUUCAAAAUAAACAGACAGAAAACCUGCAGCAGUGCCAAAAACAAUGUGAGGACCUGAAAAUGAUGCUGCACUUGGCCACUCAGGACUCCAGAUGCCGUUUGUGUCCUGAAGGCUGGCUGUGGUGGAGGCGUCACUGCUACUUUUUCUCAGUUGGACUCCAGGAAAACCGUCGGUGGAAAGAGAGCGCCGAGUUCUGCCUGGAGCACAACAGCAGCCUGGUUGAGAUCAAAGACGACGCAGAGAUGGAUUUUCUCCAAGGAGUUAUGUGCAAUGCCACCAAAUUUCCUUUCCUGUGGGUGGGACUGACGGACAGUCAGCAGGAGGGACGCUGGCUGUGGUUGAGUGGGAAGGACGUCCAGGACCACUUACCGCUGGCGGUUCAGUGGGACAGCGAUGACAGGGACUGUGCAGACCUGAGGGGAGGCGGGACUCUGUUUGCUGCAGACUGUGAGGAGUACGGACCCUGGGCCUGCAAGAGAGAGUCCUGACCGUCUCCACGCCCUUCUUAUCCGCAUUUCAGUAACAAACUGCAAGCUGAGGGAGAUCUGGAGUUUUAUGUGUCCAGUAAAAGAUCAAACCAGCCCUACUGGAUGCUAAAGUGAAACAAAUACUUUAUUGGUGAAGCUUAAUUGUUUAAUGUUCGCUGGAAAAAUGCAGAUUUUUUUUCAACAACAUCAAAUUAUUUAUGACAACAGCUUCUUCUAAAAGUGCAGUUUUAAAGUGCAUGAAUCAGAAAGCAACCACAUGUUUAGCCUAAUAAAUGUUUUUAUAUAUAUUUAUAUAUAUAU